CGUUCAGUAGCAUUUGAGUUGUCUGUGGAAGAGAAGUUCAAGCCUCCGUCAAACUCUGCGAGACAGCCGUUCGGAUGUGAAUUUCGACGCAAAACUUUUAAAGGAAGAAUAGAAGUAAAUAUUUUGGUGUGUAAUUGAUUUUAACAACUGAAAAGGAAAUGGACCAAAAUCCCUACUUGGAAGUUGGAGUGGCGAUGUGUAGUUAGACCACCAAGGACCACUAAUCUUUAGACAUUAUUUUUCUUUGUGGAAUACUUCGUUUGGUGCCAGGAACCUCUUGUAAAUGUAAACAAGAAACAGCAACAAGAAACCGAUAGCUAACAACUAGCAAGGAAGCCACAAUGGACAUCUAUCCCCGACCAAGUGGCGAGAUACAACGCCGAAACCCACAGCACGACUUUGAACUGAUUCAACGCGUCGGCAGUGGGACAUAUGGAGACGUCUACAAGGCUCGAAACAUUCAGACUGGAGAGCUCGCUGCUGUCAAGAUCAUCAAACUAGAGCCAGGAGACGACUUUUCCAUCAUCCAGCAGGAGAUUUUCAUGGUGAAGGAAUGCACUCAUCAAAAUAUAGUGGCCUACUUCGGCAGCUACCUCAGCCGAGAGAAGUUGUGGAUCUGCAUGGAGUACUGUGGAGGAGGAUCCUUACAGGACAUUUACAACGUGACUGGCCCCCUUUCAGAACUCCAGAUAGCAUAUGUCUGCAGAGAGACCAUACAGGGCCUGGGUUAUCUCCACACCAAAGGCAAGAUGCACAGAGACAUAAAGGGUGCUAAUAUUCUGCUAACAGACCAUGGUGAUAUCAAAUUGGCUGACUUUGGAGUUGCUGCCAAAAUAACGGCAACCAUUGCCAAAAGGAAGUCUUUUAUCGGCACGCCGUACUGGAUGGCUCCAGAGGUGGCAGCAGUGGAGAAAAAUGGGGGCUAUAACCAGCUGUGUGAUAUCUGGGCAGUGGGCAUCACUUCAAUAGAGCUUGCAGAACUUCAGCCUCCCAUGUUUGAUCUACAUCCUAUGAGGGCCUUGUUCUUAAUGUCGAAGAGCAGUUUCCAGCCUCCGAAGUUAAAAGACAAGACCAAGUGGUCAAACACCUUCCAAAACUUUGUGAAAGUGUCGCUCACAAAGAAUCCUAAGAAAAGGCCAACAGCAGAAAAGUUACUCUCACACAUGUUUGUAGCACAGAUAGGUCUGUCACGGAACCUGGCAGUGGAGCUGCUGGAUAAGGUGAACAACCCUGACAGCCAUCCCCAGUACUGCGAGCCAGAAGAUGAUGACCUGGAGCUCCCCCCUGUAGGAAGGCACACAAUCCGCUCGACCAAUAAGAACGCUCGAGCAGAGAGGACUCGCUCGGAGAUCAACUCCAAUGGGACACACUCAGGAAGGAGACAAAGCCCUCAAAGAACAGAGAACGGUGAGGGCUCAGUCGACAAAGUGCAGUUUGAGCCGCCGCUACGGAAGGAGACGGAAGCCCACACAGAGAUGGAUGUCAACCGGGACAACGACUUCCCCUCCCCGUGGAGUCCGUUCGCUGAGGGCAGCAUCACCACUAGGAGCCUUCUCAAAAGCGUAGAGGAGGAGUUGUUCAUACGCGGUCACAUCACUCACCUGGAGGAUGCCUUCGAGGAUGUGGAGCUCAGCAACACACUUAAGCAAGGACCCCCUCCACUGCCACCAAAGCCGCGCUUGAACAGUUCAUCUGAUGAGCUGGGGCUGAGUGACGGCUGUCUGACGGUGCGGCGCUUCCCCAACCCCGACAACGGAUCCUCCUCCGGCCCUCGCCGCCAGAGCACCCCGGAGCGAGGCAGCCAAUCAGAGCACUGCCCUCCGGACCACCUCUCGGCCUCAGUCAGCAGCCCUGGCCUGCUGGCACACACCUUAGAGCAGGCCCUUCCUCCCGUUAAAAGCAGAGAUGAGGACUCGGACAACAGUGUAAAUGGUGACAGCCCAAAGCCUCCCCCCAAUCGGCCACAGAGGAAAGAAAGGAAGGAGUAUCCACAGAAACCAGCUAUCAAUGGCCUUCCACCCACGCCUAAAGUCCUGAUGGGAGCAUGCUUCUCUAAAGUAUUUGAUGGCUGUCCUCUAAAAAUCAACUGUGCCACAUCAUGGAUUCAUCCUGAUACAAAAGACCAGUAUUUGAUCUUCGGUACAGAGGACGGCAUCUACACGCUUAACCUAAAUGAACUGCAUGAAGCUACUAUGGAGCAGCUCUUCCCCAGGAGGUGCACCUGGCUCUACAUCAUCAACAACAACCUGAUGUCCCUGUCUGGGAAGACGUCCUUCCAGCUCUACUCCCACAAUUUGAUUGGUCUGUUUGAGCAGCUGCGGAAGCCAGGAAGCCUGGCUGCUCAGUUCCAGACACAUCGCUUUCCUGACAGAAUCCUACCCAGACGGUUUGCCCUCACCACUAAGAUCCCCGACACCAAAGGUUGCCACAAGUGCUGCAUCGUGAGGAACCCGUACACGGGGCACAAGUAUCUGUGCGGAGCGCUGCAGUCUGGGAUUGUGCUGCUGCAGUGGUACGAGCCUAUGCAGAAGUUCAUGCUUAUCAAGCACUUUGACUUCCCGCUGCCGAGCCCGCUGAAGGUGUUUGAGAUGCUGGUGGUGCCCGAGCAGGAGUACCCCAUGGUGUGCGUGGCCAUCAGCCAGGGCAGUGAGCUCAACCAAGUGGUGCGCUUCGAGACCAUCAACCUCAACUCCUGCUCCUCCUGGUUCACUGAGAUGGGCUCAGGUGGCCAUCAGGUGGAUGCUAUCCAUGUUACUCAGCUGGAGAGGGACACUGUGCUCGUGUGUCUCGACAAGAACCUUAAGAUAGUGAAUCUGCAGGGCAAACUCAAGUCCAACAAGAAGCUUGCGUCAGAACUCAGCUUUGAAUUCUGCAUCGGCUCCGUGGUGUGCCUUCAGGACAGUGUCCUGGCCUUCUGGAAACAUGGAAUGCAGGGGAAGAGCUUUAAAUCUAAUGAGGUCACACAGGAGAUUUCUGACCCCAGCAGGGUGUUCCGACUCCUGGGAUCAGACAGGGUGGUGGUGUUGGAGAGUCGCCCCACUGAUAACCCCACAGCCUACAGCAACCUCUACAUUCUGGCCGGCCACGAGAACAGCUACUAACCCCCCCUCUCCUCUCUCUCACACACACACACACACACACACACACACACUUAGGCACCAACUUGCACACAAGCUAGAGCUACGUACAGCAACAGCGCUAUCUCCCACUGUCAACGGGUACAACUUUGAGUAAGCACACACACACACACAUACACACACACACACACACACCAUCAUCUGGCUCUCCGUGGAUCGUGGAAGUCCUAGUCUCUCUGUUUGGGUGGCGUGGUCCAGGCCUGUCCGAAGACCUUUACGACGGCCUGAAGAAAAGGUCAUGACCUUUCGGCUCUCCAGACCAGUGGCCAGAGCUGCCAGACACUCGGCAUUGACGUCUGUAAUGCAAAAGUAAAUGUCUUAUGGACAGCACAUUAUUACUCUGUCUUUCUAUCUGUCUAUUUAUCUCUCUCACACAUACACUGUCUCUCUCUCUCUCUCACUCACACACACACACACACACACACAAAUACAUACAAACACUUUCACCUUCUCUCUUUCCUUCUCUGAAACAUAUCACUAUGAGCUACAGUUAUAGACUGCAGUGUUAUUGAUCUAUGAAGUGCCAAUAUCAGUGAGGAUGGUCAGUUUCUCACGCAUACAAUAAUAAUAACCAAGUGUUUGGUUAAUGGGAGUCAGACAGCAUGUCUAACAGAAGUGUGGUUUUUGACUUGGGAGUGUUUUGUUUUUUUUAGCCAGUUAGCUGGUGGCUAACUUUUAACUUUCCUUCUCUAUGGGAGUUUUAAUGCCGUAGAUAUGGAAGGACUAAGUCUGGGAUUAAAAAAUAAAAGAAGGAAAGAAAGGAAAGGAACUUCUCGGUCAGUUUAUCAUUUUUUUGAGGAUUGACUAUUUAAACGUGUUAUUUAUUAACGUAGGAUUUGGGAGGGUGGGGGUUUGGAGUUGAGAGGAAGAGAAUAUGGGAUAGUAACUAUGUUAACCAGAGACUAGUCACCGUGACAACAGACAAGGUCAAAAGCAAGGGUUGUUUUGUUUGUUUUGUUUUGUUUUGUUUUUUCUCGGCUUUGUAAUAUAGUGGAUUUUUUUCCAGCUCCUAUCAGUUUAUUUUUUAGGAAUUUGAUUAUAAUGUAAAGUGGUAUUCUUUUUAUGAUCCGUUGUUGCUUUUACUCAGAUAUUUGCACCAUGUAAGCACUUUUGUACAUUAAUGUUGUUUCUUUUUUAUUUAAAGUUUGACAGAACGUGGCGAUCGCUACGUUUUAAUGACUCUGCCAGGUUUUUCCUUGCAAAACGUUUAAUGUAUGCAGUUUUUUUGUAAUAAAAAAAGCUAUUGUUAACAAUAAAAAUGAGUUUCU